CGUGAUGUUGCGAGAUUUACCUAUCCUUCGAAUCUCUGGUUAUAUUUAAUUAAAAAAUCAUGGUGGAAUUAUUACGGAGAAUAUGUGUGAUUCUUGACGAGAUAAAGUUCGUAUUAGAAUUCGCCAAUUCUUCACAAACACGCAAUAUGACCGAUAGAUAAGUAAUUUUUCACGAUCUUUGGGACUACAUCCUGGGACUUGACGGGCCGGACUUGACAAGUCUUCCGCAGUUUACGCAUGCGUAUUAAAAAUAUAAGUUUGUCGGUUUUGGUGACUGAUGUGAAGCGAAAGUGGCCUUGUCAAACUCGAGAAGGUGAUAUUCAAGGCCCUACAAGGAUGUCAAUGGCACUCUGACAUUGCUAGUUGGGAUCCUUCCCAACAGCAAUACUGAUGAGAAAUGGCGGACAGUAUCCAACCAGAACAGGAUGAAACUACUGGAACUGUCGGUGGAGAUUUGAUAGUUAAUGGGCAACAAGAUGGAGAUGUACUAGGGGCAACAUUGUGUAACUCGCAGCAUUCACAAACUGUGGUUAAUAUUGCUGAGAUUUCUAACCAAGUAUUCCAGAAAUCCUCUAGUGUUCAAAACGUUCAGAUGACCUUUAAUGUUGACCAUGCAGAAAAUCUGGUAUUCGGCGAAGGAGGCAGUAUCUUCAAUGGGGGAGAAAGAAAAACUGUGGAUUUACCAAAGCAGAGCUGCUUAAUAAGUCAAACAAAAGCUUGGGUUAAGGAUCAAAAGGAUAAAUGCCCGUAUGUACCUACAAGAGCCAUUGCAGUUGCCAAAGAGAAAAUUUCAAAGAACAAGAUCUUGAUAAUUAAAGGGAAUUCUGGGGAUGGAAAGACUCGCUUAGCUGUGGAACUGCUUCACUGGCUGAUGAAUGGAAGUGACAUGGCCAGCCGACAUAAUCAAGAAGCUGAUUGUCCACAUAAAGAACCUCUUUCUCUCACAAACUUGAUGACUUGGGACACUACAAUCUCGCCAAAUUCUCAUUUAGCUGUAUUGUUAGAUGAUAUGUUUGGGUAUGGCUGUGAUGUUCAGAAGGAGAUUGACUGGUGGAAAAAACGUGAAAGUUUUAUUCAACCCUGUUUACAGGGAGCAAUGAAUGAGAGAGCCAAUUGUUUGAUUAUAACCAUGCGAAAUGACAUUUAUAAUGAACACAGAUCCUUGUUAGACAGACAGGGCCUUUUUACGCAGGAAAAUGUUAUCGAUCUGAGCUCUCCUGAAUUUCUAUUGGAGGAGGAAAAGAAAAGUAUUUUACAAAUGUAUACAGCUACAUUGGGAAAUUUUCAACAUUUUUCUGAGGUGGAAAUUGCUGAAGUUUUAAGGAACUCCCCAGGAAUUGGAUUUCCAGAGUGCUGUCGGGUUUUCGCUUCUUCUCCAGAAUUACAACAAGAGAGGGUUAACUUUUUCAAACAUCCGCUAAAAUACAUGAGAGAUGUGAUCAAAGGGAAAUUUCAUGAAGAGCAACAAAAAGCACUUCUUUAUCUUUUUCUGUCCCACGGACAGGCUCAUGCAAAACAUCUAGAUUUAGAAAAUGAAAAUAUGGACCAAAUAACUGUUGAAAAAGUGUUCAAUAUGUCAAUGUCGGAAAAAAUUCAAGAGAACUUGAAAGGGGAUCUAGGUUCAAAACUCCAAUGUAUCAAGAAAGGAUUAGAAUCUUUGUGUGGCUCCUUUGUAAGGAAAGAAAAAGGAGUGUAUUACUUUUUCCAUGACUCCAUACAUGAUGCUGUAGCUAUACUCUAUGGUGAACUUACACCUCAGGGCUUUUUGAAGAAUUGCAACAGUGAAUGUUUACGUUACAUUGUGACAUCAACGUGUAAAGAAAUGUUAUGCAAGAUCGUUGUGGAUGAGGACAUUUAUGAAUAUGUGUAUCAACGAAUAUUUGAAGAACUGAAGUCAAGAAAUUCUACAAAAUACAGUGUCAUAGCCUCUCUUUCACCAUGGAAUGAUGCUCAGUUUUUGACAGGAUUUUUUGACUGGAUUGAUGGACAAGUUGAUGGACAAGUUGAUGUGCCGGAGGAUUUCCGCUAUCAAACGAAAUUAGGAAAAACAAUGAGUGAUGAGGGUGACAAUGUUUUUGAUACAGAAAUGAAUGAAGAUGAAAGAUGCAGUUUCUUUGUAGUUGUCGCAAAAGUAAAUUCCUAUUGCUUAUUGAAACAACUGAUUGACGGAAAUCUUGCCUCUGCUGGGGAAUUGAAGGAAGCUUUGGAGCAAGCACUAAGCUCAGGAAGUGAAGAGAGUGUAUCACUGUUGUUGGAGGCUGGUGUGACACCUGAUUCAAGGUCAUGCUUCUCUGCUGUGGAAGGAGGAAAGAUAAAUCUACUACGGAGGUUAGAUCAAUAUGGCAUUAUCCCGACAUCCAGGGCAGAAGUUUCAAGGUCAGUUUAUCAGUUAGAAGAUGUUAAUGUGUUUCAUGAGGCCUGUUUGUUCCAGCAUGAUGAAAUGGUUCAUUUCUUACUGGAGAAAUAUCCGUCUCUGUUGCAAGAGGAUGGUCGCUAUAGCUACAGUAGCCUCCAUUUCAUCGCAAGGACAGGAAACACGUCACUUUACAAACAGAUGGAACGACUUGUAUUAGAAGGUUUCACUGGACAAGACCAUCAGUACAUCGAGUCUCUCCAAGACGUGGAUGGCAAAACUUUACUGCAUGCUGCUUGUGCCUCGGGUAGCUUGGAACUUUGUGAAUACCUGUGUGUGAAAUAUUCAUCUCUGAUGUCAAUGAAAGACAGGUAUGGACGCCAUGCUCUGCAUUUCACUGCCAUGUCUGGAAAUUUGGAAUGCUUCAAAUAUAUCGCAGCUCUUACCCUGAAGGGCAAGACCCAGGAGGAACGUCAAAGCUUGAUGGUAGCAUUAGUGGACAACAAGUAUCAGAGGACAGUCUUACACUGGGCUUGUGAGUCAGGCUGUAGAGAGUUAUGCUCAUUUAUAUGUGAGGGACACCCAUACCUGGUAUCCCAGAUAGACAAAAAUGGACUUCAUUGUCUUCAUUUUGCAGCUGUAGCAUCUGAUGUAGCCUGUUUUGAAGCAUUGACCAGAUUUGUUCUUUGUGAUAAGCCUGAGUUAGAGAGUAGAAAUUAUAUGGAGAGUCUGCUGACCAAUGACCGGCGGUCAGUUCUACAUGUUGCCUGUCAGUCUGGUAAUUGCGAUCUUGCCAUGUAUCUUUGCAGUACAUAUCCAUCCCUGCUAUCUCUUAGAGAUAAAAAUGGCCGCCACUGUCUUCACUACACAACUGAGGCUGGUAAUGUAGAAUUUUACAAAUGUAUUGAGUCUCUGGUUCUUAGAGGCAUGAGUCACUUGGAGCGUAAGCUAUUCAUGGAAAAUGUCACAAGUCUGUAUGGCGGUACAGUUCUGCUUAGGGCUUGUUGGUUUGGGAGCAAAGAUAUUUGCAUGUAUUUGUGUGAAAAAUAUCCAUCACUUUUAUCUAUUAAGGAUAAAUUUGGUAUGCACUGUAUCCACUACACAGCUAUGUCAUGGAAUCUGGACUGCUACAAAGCUAUCGAAGCCUUAGUCAUACAGGAGGAGUCGGCCAAAGGAAAUAAAAACUACAUGGAAACCUUGGUAACGGAUCGUGGUGUGUCGGUCAUGGAUUUGAUCACUGGAGAAGAAGAAGACUAUAAGAAAGACUUGUAUAAUUACGUGAUGAACUCAAGUAACCGUGCCUCAACUCCUAACCGCAGCAAGAGCAGUCCCUCUAGUGUUAGAACAAGACGGUUCUCAUCACAAUGCUCUUCAUACUGAUGGAUUAACUCGGUGCUGUGCCAGUGAAACUGAAGGAGAAAUCUAGCUAAAGCAGUUCACGUUCAAGUAAGAUGGCCAUGACUCGACCACCAAAUCUGUGAAUGAAUCAUACAUAUUCUUGUGGAGAUUGGAGUUUCCUCCAAGUUUUACAACAAUUAUGAAACAAACUUGUAUCUUUGCUCAUAAAUUUUGUAAAAUUUACAUUUAUCAUAGAUAUGUUUGCUCAAAGACUCUUAGAAAAAUGUCAUACUUUUUAUCGAAUUUUGAUUUCAUAUUUAUCACUGCAGUAUGCUCUUUCACACACCCCAUCUUCUACUCCUACAACAUAAGAGGCCGCUGGUCGGCCCUUUUUCUGUCGGAUAUGAUUUUGCCGACUGUUACACGGCCCCUGUCAAAAGUAUUUUGCCGUGUAAAACCUCCAGUAUUGUUUGAGUACCCAUUUUCAUGACCCACAAUUCAAGGUAAACAUCACAAUAAAGGAUCAAAGGUUGAAAGAUGAUUUUUGCAGUCUGACUUGUAUCCAGACUGUAACUUGUGUAUUGCCAGAAGCAGAUACUUUGUAAAUUUUAUUCAUAUCAAUAUAUACUCACUUUAUGAAAUGUAUGCAAUGGAUGUUUUGGUUAGUGUAUUUUAGUGUUCAACUGACCCCCCACGACCCUUGGCUUUUUGCAGGAUGACUACAUUAUUAUCAUCUGGGCCCAGUUGUUCAAAAGGUGAUUAGGCUAAUCACAUUUUAACAACAUUUUUCAAAUCCUGAUAUGAUAAUUUCUGGUAGAACUAACUUGACAAAACUUUAUGAAAUUCUAUAAUUCUUAAUUCUCUUCCAACUGGCAUAAUUUAAAGAUGAUAUACUCACAGGUUUUGCAAGAAAUUAAAACUGAAGUUUUCACUAAUCAAGUGAUUAAGCUAAUUACCUUUUGAACAACUGGGCCCGUUGUAUGUAUUUGUUAUGUAGCCAAUCUUUUCUAAGCAUCGAUGGGCAUUGUAUUACAUUUUAUGUAUUUUAGGUUCAUUGAACUUCGUUUUAGUACCUUUUUACAUGGCUUGAUGUCUAAUUUACUUAUAUUUUGUAAAUAUUUUUAUACAUACAUAUAUUUUUACUUGAUCUGAAUAAGUAUAAAUUAUGCUUAUGUAAAUAAUGAUCUCUAGUUGAUUAUUAUUGUUUGUUUAUUAAUUGAUUAUUAUUAAUUGUUUAACAAUAACAUACUGGCCUGGUUUAUAGUGAAAUAUAUGAUGGAGAAGAAAUGAGGGAAGAAUGAUUAAUGAAGACUGCUUGUGGCAGACUCUUCCAAUGUAUGUACAUUUUACCUUGAUAUUAUUUAAUUGUAUCAAUUCUGCUACAUCAACAUGAAGUUUAAUUUAUGUUCAUGUCUACUUUAAUCUUUUACACAGCACCAUGGCUUUAAUCAUCAAAUUAUCAUUGACUCACCUGGCUAGAAGGGCCAAGGUCAGCUUUUGCCAUACUGGAGUGUCCAUCCAUUAUCCGUCAUCCGUCGUCUGUGAUCUGCUUGUAUGUCAAUAUUUUCUUCAAAUGACUUCUUCUUCUUUACCGAUGAUAACUAAAUUUUAACUGGAAACUUCCCCUGGUAAUGGGGAUUCAAAAUUGUACAAAUGGUGGAGGUAAUACCCCAGAGGGCUUGGGGGCAGGGCCAAAAGGGAGCAAAUUGGCUAUAUUACUAUAAACGACUGCUUCCCUGGAUGUUGGGGAUUCAAAAUUGUACAAAUGGUAGAGCUAACUGGGGCAGAGGGAUUUGGCCAAAAUGGGGAAAUUCGGCUAUAUUGCUUUAAACAACUUCUUCUCUUAGACUAGAACUAUGCACUAGAUAUCAUUCAUACUUUUCCCUAAAUGCCGGGGAUUCAAAAUUGUACAAGUUGUUGGUCAGACCUUUCAGGGGCCUCAUGAGGGGUGUGGCCCAAUAAAAGAAAUACCCAUUAAGGGAAAUAUAGCAAAUUCUUUAAAAUCAUUCUUUUAAUUCUGUAGGAAUGAAAGAAUUUGGUCCAUAUUUGGUCUGAUGCAUACUUUGGUGAAGGGAAAACCAUUUUAUAUAAACAAAGAGGCUGGACCUCCAGGAGUCUAAAGGAUGAGGUCCAAUAGGGGAACAAUUUCAAAUUCUUCAAAAUCAUUCUUCUGUUACUUUUCCAAUUUGGUUUGAACCAUCCUUGAGUUGAGGGAAAUAAAUUUUGUACAAACGUUGGUAUUAGGGCUCCUGAGGGGUGGGGCCAAUUGGGGUUAUUUCUUUAAAAUCUUUCUUUUGUAGGAAUGACAAGAUUUUUGGAGAUAUUAUAGGGUGCCCUUUAGCAAUCACUAUGUCUAUCUAUCUGGCUGUCUUUUUGUUCAUCAGCAAAUUAGUUCCUAAUUGGUAACUUUAGAACUAAUUAACCGAUUUACAUGAAAUUCAGUCAAGAAGUCACAAUUCACAAACAUACAAACAGUUAAAAAAUCGGAGACAAAGGUCAAUGUCCUAAGGCCAAAAGGUCAAGUUCAAAUUUUGUAUCUUUUCACUGAUGAAUAUUUUGUUGGUUGAAAUUAAACAAGGAGUCAACUGACAAAAUAUCUAGGUCACUGGGUCAAAGGUCAAGGUCAUUCAUACUCCAUGGGAAAUGUAUUGCCAUAAUCAAGGAGAUAUCUAGGAAAGUGACAGGCCCAAGCCCUCUGGGCCUUUUGUUUUAAUUUAGCUGUUCAUAUAAUUAGAUAUUUUUUGUUCAUUCAUUUGAGAUAUAUUUUUUAAUUGAGAAUAUUUCAUGCAUUGAUGUGAUUAAGGUUGGUAUUAUGAAAUCUUGAGUAACAUAUUUACCAUUUACAAGACAGAAUUAACUUUUUUGUGCAGAAUUUGGUAAAUGAGAUUGACUAAUCUUGCUAACCAGUUGGUUAUUGUCCAAAAAGCUCAAGGGGAAAUUUGUAUUGUCUUCAGAGUUUCUUAGUUAAUUUAGGCAUUUUGAAUGAGAAAUAUUACUCUAAUGACUAACACUAUUGGAAAGGACAUUCAUUCAUCAGAACUUCAAGAUUUUGACUAAGCAAUUCUCAGAAAGCUCAGGUUUUACCUAAUUCAAAAGCCUAUUUUGAUGGAUUUUCUGCAGGACAAAAUUUCCUGACAAUUUUGGUGAGGUCCACUACUGGUAGUGGGAUCAGACAGAAGGUGCUUAGUCUUAUUUGGACUAACCAAUGCACCCUUACUACUUUAGAAUUUUCGGAAGGUUGAAAUGUUUAUGGUUUCCUUUAAAUGUUUGAAGCAGAAAGGGUGUGUUUCAACAACUAUGAAACCGACCAUAGUCUCCUUUAUUCAUUUUUGAAACAGACCAUUGUUUCCUUUAUUCAUUUCUGAAACAGACCAUACUUUCCUUUAUUCAUUUCUGAAACAGACUAUAGUUUCCUUAUUCAUUUCUGAAACACAGUUUUCUGCAUUCAUUUCAUAUAGCAUUUUCAUUGUAUUCAAAAGUGAAAAUUGGAACCCUUGAAAGAUAACAUACACAGGAAAUGUCUUGGAAUUUGGCAUAAAUGCCUUGAUUUGUCCUUUAAGUCUAUUAAACGUGUUAUUUACAUGUAAAUAGAAUUUUAGUUUCGGAUUUUGUGCAGUUAGUUUCGGAUUUUGCCAAUUUGCUGGCUCUGCUUUGAAAGUUAACGCUGCCUUGUUUUCAAUUUCCAUGUGCUCGCAAAGGAUGAAGCUUCUUCAAAAAUUUUUACAUGCUCAUGUAAAGCUAAAUAUUGUUAUUUGCUCACCCACCCGCCCUCCCAGUAGAAUUACUAGGGUGUUCUUGGUUAUAUGCUUUUUGAUUCCACUUUGUUGUUCUUGUAUAUGUUCUAUGUACAUUUAUUAUUCUGUCAGGGCCCCUAAAGUUUCACAAAUAGUACAAGUUGAACACUGUCAUUGUCAUACAGUGUAUCCUUGUGUUUAAGAUCACUACAUAAUGUGGAUUAUGCACAUUUGUCAUUUUUGGUGCAUAAUGGGUUGUGAUGUAAUAUUGAGGUUGUUUUUUUAUGCUUAAUUGGUGUACAAUAAAGCCAAAUGUGUGUACUCUUGCCUUGCAUUAUUUUGAUAUUAGAAACAAAAGUAAAACAGAAGAUAAUUAUUUUUUCAAAAAUAUUCAGAAAAAAAAGAUUUGCAGAAUGUUACGAUCAUGAGCUUUAUUCAAUCUCUAUCUCUUUUUUUUUAACGAUUGUUACAGGCGAUGUGUUUAUAAAAUGUACUUGCUAUGGAAAUUCGACUAUGUAUCAAGCUUAAUUAGUACUUUGCAUGAUGCUAAAUGUCUGUCAGAUUUUCUCCAAAAGUUGGUCACUGCCUCAACUAAAGUCUUGGAAAAGUCAGUGAAUUUAAUGACAGUAAGUCCUGUAAAAGUCUUCGAAUUCAAAGUCUCAAUGUCUGUAAUAACCAUGAAUUAGAUUUUUAUGACACGUUUAGUGUUAAUUGUUAUAAUGUAUAGGCCACCGUGUACAUGUACAUAUUAUUUGGUGCAUUGAUUUACUAGCCUUGUUUGUGAUAUUUGAUUAUCAAAUUUAAAACAUUUAAUGUAAAUUUAAUUUUUUCAUUCAUGUAUUUGUUAAGAUAAAACAUAUAAGCAUGUUAAGAAAAUAAAGUUAAUAUAUAUUAUUGAUUUUUGUCUGAAUUAUUUCACAUAAUCCAGAGCAUUGUGCUAGAAUUGUCAUUGAGCAAUCGUCCCAGGUCCAUUCUAUAUAUCUAGAAAAAUAAUGACCUUGUUGACCUUUGGAGAUGACAUUUUGAUGUAUUUGUGUUCAGGUUGGAUCAAGCACAUAAUCAUCAUAUCUUUAUGCACUUUAUAAUUGUUGGCUAUACUCUAGACUAACUAAAUGCCAUCAACAUUGGUGAGUUAUUAGUAUGCUGCAAUGAGGGGUACCAACAAAUGUUCGCAUAAUGACCUUGGCAUGUUUUUAAGGUCACUGGGGUCAAUGUGUUACCAUCUUUAAAACUUCAGAACAGAUAUGAUACCAGAAGUACAAAGGGAUACAAGGCAGAAGAUUGUUGACAUGUAUAGGUCUCUAUCAAGUUUGUUAAAAUGAAUGACCUUGAUCUACUUUCAAGGUCAUAGGGACAAACUAUGAACUUCUGAAUAACUUGCAAGAAGAAAAUGCAUGCAUUAUUUCGCCAAAAACAUGUUAAUAAUAUUAUGAAGGUCUCUAGUUUGUUCAAAUGAAUGACCUUGACAUACUUUCAAGGCCACAUAACUGAAAGUGUUAAUUGAUACUUAAUUCACAUGUAUAUCAUGCUAAGAGAAUGAUACUUCUGAUUUGUUUGCUGGGCUGUUUUAGGACCAUGUGAUGCAUAGACUCUGAUCUAAACACUUAUAUUUAAUACUUGGCUAAAUGAAAAUUCUCACUCUUACAGAUGUACAUAAAAUCUGCUCACUAAAUAUGACCAUAAAAAUAGGCAAAGUACAGUAUGUUGUCUGACUUUUGAGCGAAGUUAUACACAUGCAUCAUCAGUCGCUCAAAUAUAUUAUUGACAAGCCGAUUAUUCAAAUAGAUUCAUUUAUAUACAUAUAUAUGUGCAGUGAACCUCGUCAUUCACACCGGAGUCUGAGAUAUCAAUAUUGGAUGUCUUAACUCACAAAAAUAAUGCUCAAUCAAUGUCUAGUGAGAAGAAAAAAAUCUAAUGAAGGAGAUGGUAUGCCAUAGUGAGUUUUCGUGAAUAAAUUAUACAAUAAUGUAGGUUCACACGAUUCUUCUUUGAAAAUUAAAAAGAUGUUAUGCUUAGCACAUCAAAGAGAAUGCUAUUUAAGCAACAGCUUUUGGGCUACUUUGGUUACAGCUGGAGGGAAUGAGAACCGCAAACAGGUGAUCCGUGAUUGGUUCUAAUUUUGCAACGUGGCUGUCCGUGUGAACAACACGCUUUGUGACGAACCCUACCUACUAAAACAUUCCAACGAUCAAUAUCGGUUGAGUACCACAUCGACGGUCAAGAUGGUGAACAUGAGUCUAGCGGCGGUGCUGCUGUUACCGAUUUUCUUUACUGCAUGCUUGUCUGAAGGCGAAACAGGAACCAAUACAGCAGUUGUGGAGAGUUGCAGUGGAUGACGUUUGAAUCGUUUUCCUGCUGUGAAGAGAUUUGUAUAUGAAGAUGUCAACGCUGGAUUGUAUCCAGGUGUUGAGUUCCGCAAGAAGUCUGGAGCUCCACCUGUGUUGAUCAUCAACGAGGGCGAGGAAAAUGAGGAGAGAAUAAGUCUAGAGGAACAUGACUUGGAGUCAUGCCGGAAACUCAUGGAGGACAGAGGGUUUAAGAGAAAGGCAAAAGAUUCAAAUGCUUCUGUUAAGGAGGAUUUAUAGAUAAAUGAAGGAAUUAGUUUGAAUAAACAGUAAAUUUAUUUUUAUGUUAAUUUCAAGAUUUCCUUGUUACAAUAUUUUACAAGAAAUCCUGUUGAUAAGAAUUUUGGUUCAUUUUAGUCCCUCAUAAAGAAACCCCCCAGUUUUUCAAGUGAAUAAUUUUAUUAGGCAAAACUGGGAGUGAUGGAAGUUGUUUGUCUAUUAAUCUGUAGCUUAUUUGUUGAAAUUGACUACUUUCAUGUCAUUUUCUAGAUAAAUUAAGAAUUUUCUCUGAAAUUAGAAACAAAUUUGAAGCUUAAAAGUCCCAGUAAGUCAUCAAUGUACCUUAUGGGAUGGAAGGCUGUGAAGAAUAUUUUGAUAAUUAUUUUGAGUGAAAACAAGGAUGAAAGUGAUUCACAGUGAAUAUCACAAAAGGCAAUCUUGAAAAAUAACUUAGUCCAGUAUUGUGAAAAUAAAUCUGAUGAAUGAUUGUACAUGUAUUAGAUUAUCAUUAUUAAAUGAUCUUGAGGUACAACCUGUAAAAUUGAAAAGAAUAAGUUAGAACAGUUAUAUGGGUAUAUUUUAAAGAUUAGAAUUGAUAAGAUGUAGUAAAACUGGACAGCUUGGGUUGGUGGAGGCCAGGUAGAUAAAUUUGGAUAGAACAUCGGUCAAGACUUAGAACAUCGGUCAAGACUUCAAAGUGUUUGUUUUUGUUCAGACUGUAUUCCUUUUCUCCUGUUACAGAAUUUAAAUAUUUUACCAGUAUCUUAAAUAUUUUACUUUAGAAAUAUUUCUUUCCCCCCAGAUAUUUUAUAGCUACGCAAUAUACAUGUGCAAUAAAACAUGUUUCCUUAUAGAAAUAUUCAGGUUUAAUAAUCUCUUGUACGGUAUGAAUGUCUGUGUUUGGAACGAUCGUGUGUAUGACUGGCAAAUCCAUUCAUUAUUUAUAAUUGGUGUAAUUAUAUUUCUUAAAAAUGAGAUAUAUUCAUAUCACCCAAGAUUCUUCAGACAACUUGUUUAGCAAGUUUUCCAUGUGAACAAGAUUUUAUGAAAUUGGGAACAAAAACUUUAGCUGUUUCUAAUGGAUGGUCAACACUUGAUUCUCAUGAUGAAACUAGCUUUAACAAUGUUGUAUGACGUCUCUUGGCAAUGCAAUAUCUAUUUUAUGGAGAAAUUUCAAAUAAAAUUUGUGAUAAAAUUC